GCUCAUCAUCCAGUUUCUGAAAGGCGAGUCUCUUCAUCACUAGAAUCCCACAGCAUGUGUUGCUCUGGGAGGGAGUUUUCUACUUCAACAGAGCACAAACGGGCAGCUUACUCCACGCAGCAAGGAGAACGAUUUGCCGACCUCUCAGGCCGCAGAAUGUGGACAGCAGCAUAGAGCGGGGACUUAAGAGCGCCACUAACUAGAACACUGUCAAGGCAGGGCUGUGAAGCAGUCAAUCGGUGCUUUCGGCUUGACAUCUGACAGCAAUCCAAAACUGUAGCGUUCUGCACUCAAACAGCUGCUGCGCUUCAAACUUAGCCCUUUCCUGCAGUCCUUCAAGUGGCUCGCAGUAUUCAUCUAUUUCUUCAAGAACCUACAUUUGGAAAGCUGCUUAUGCAUGGUCAGAAACAGCGGAUACCGGAGCGCAAAGGUGUUACGCCCGUAAAGACGGGCAUUUCUCGAAAUACAAGCAGAACAGCAUGGACCCCUCCCAUCUCACCGUGCCACCGUUGGAGAAUCCCAAGUCGGUCAUUAGUCCAUCUACGGACAGAGGCUCCCCGCCACAUCGAAAUCCCAGUUCUGGACGUUCGUCGGCUUCGAAGAUCAGAAGGAGGAAUCGCUUGAUCACAUCGUGCCUUGAAUGCAGGCGUAGAAAGCUCAAAUGCGACAAAUCACAUCCAUGUUCCAACUGCACCAAGUUCGUGCGCGACUGCGUCUUCUUGGCCCCAGCCUUGGACGCAGCCUCGCAGCUCAAGCUAAAUGAAAUCAAGGAGAAGAUGGGCACGCUUGAGCGCACGCUUGAAGAAGAUAUCGCACGUCGCGCCAAAGCUGGCCCGCAGUCCGGCACAUCCUGCCAUGGACUCGGUGCAGAGCAAGACUCGAGUGGAGAGGACGAAGAGGAUAUCCCAGAGGACGAAAAGGAUCUUGAGCCGACGCCGCUAGCUGUUCACGACGUCGCAUACUACGAGGACGCGGACGACGACGUUGUGGAUCUCGGGGUGAUUGUAGGGAGAAUGCGGCUGACUGAGCGCUUAGGCGGCUUCGUACGUCCGAAAUUCUCUGAAGAGGUAAGCUAUGGCGAUGCUUAUAUGGCUCUCAGUAAACCAACGUGUCCUAGAUGAGCUACGUGCUGCGUGAAAGGACAGAAAAGGAGGCGCCGGCUUAUCCAACUGGCGACGGGUCUGGGAGCGCCGCUGUCAAAAAUGAGUUUGAUCUAGUAAAACCCGCGACGGACUUCAUUGCACCAUCGUCAAGUUUCUUCUUUGCUCCACAGCCUCAACGCUCUUCGUUCAUGAUGUACCUUCCCUCCAAAAACGUAGCUGAUAGCCUACUCGAGCACUAUUGGACUGCUGUGCACACAAUCUGUAGAGUAGUCCAUCGGCCUACGUUCGAGCGACAGUGGGUCUCGUUUUGGCAGCAAAUACAGACUGGAAUCGAACCACCUGCUUCGUUACAAGCUCUCGUCAUGGGCGCACUUCUCUCAUCGGUUGUAAGCCUGUCUGACCAAGCGAUUGAAAUGCAACUCGGCGUUUCAAAGAUGCAGCUGCUCCAGAGCUUCCAACAAGGAGCCGAAUCGGCCUUGUACCGAGCUAACUUCCUAAGGACGACUAAGCUGAUGACGCUGCAGGCUCUGGUCAUGUACCUGAUUCCACUUUGUCGGAGAGAGGUCACCAGAGCACAUUCAGCACUGACUGGCACGGCCAUACGACUUGCUGAAUGUAUGGGUCUUCAUCGCGACGGUACUCACUACGGCCUCUCUCCCGUUGAGGUCCACGUUCGUCGUAUUGUAUGGCAUCAGCUGUGUUUUCUUGACAUGAGAACGUGCGAGGCUACCGGCCCGCGACCUCAGAUUCAUCAGGACGAUUUUGACACGAAGCUUCCCCUGAACGUCAAUGACAUUGAUCUCGAGUCGGAGAAUCCACCGACUGAAGACUCAGACCAGUGGACUGACAUGACUCCCACCUUGAUGAGAUUCGAAGUGAACGAGAUGCAACGAUAUGCGUGGCGGGAGCGGAUCAGGUUAGAGAACAAGAAAACCUCACUGACGCACGCUCUGCGAAGAGUCCAAGACUUUGUCACGCGUAUGGACAAGAAGUAUUUGCCAAUGCUGAACAGACCAGAGCCGCUUGCGAAGAUGACGUUGCUGGUGUACAAAUGCAUGUCUUUGAAACUGCACGUAAUGCUCUUGCAUCGCUACAUGAGUGGGCACGGAAAGAAGAUGCCAGAGAGACUUCGCAAAAUCCUCCUCAACUCGGCGCUGCAGCAAACCGAGUGUGCCAUCACCAUCGAGACAGACCCUUCGCUUCGCAUGUGGGCCUGGUACAUCGGUGCCCUCCACCAGUAUCACAGUUCCCUGAUUCUGCUCUCGGAAACCUACGCGUCGAGCAUUCGAUACAACGAAGAUCGCAUCUGGAAGUGCCUCGAUUUUGUCUUCAACUGCCAGCCAAACCUGACGCGCAAGGAAAAGGCGAGGAUCAUCCUGACGGAGAUUGCACAGAAAACCGAGGUCUACAGUUCGUUGCGACGCGUGCGAGCGCCGCAGGAGAUGGAGAACGCAAUGGCUCGCACCGCCGCGGCGGCCCGUCCGCCGUACAAGACAGUGCAGCAGAGCAUAGUCAGCACCGUGCAGUCGACGCCUAGCCCGCCCGUUGUCAAGAUGGAAGGCCCACCGAUCGGAUCGCCGCCGACAGACGUUCAGUUUGGAGGCUGGAUUCCGAACAUGAACGAGCAGGCGACGUAUGCUUUAGCAGCACCGAGCGCAAAUGUCGGGCUUGAGUCAUCCGUCUCACCGAAAACAUCUGGAUCUGAAAGCACGGCGGAAGUCGUGAGAGGAAAAGACGAAAGGCUGAGCUCUUCUACAAGCCCGCCAGAUCCAAUGGUUGACGUCGACUGGAACGAAUGGGACAAGAUGUUCCCUCCCGACGUCAAUCUCUCCGACUUUGGCAAUCUACCUGAUUUUCAGUUUUCAACGCUGCUUCCAAAUAGCACACUGUAGAAAAUUCGACGAGAUACAGCCACGGGGAAAGUGGACAUCAUGAAGACAAAUUUUUUCGAUAAUAUAGUUAGUACAUUUGAUAGAUA